GGACAGCCCAUUCAGCGCUUGGGUCCUUCAUGUAAUCAGCUGACAGUAGUGUUUACCUUUCUGUUAUUUUUCUGUUCAUGAAUUCUUUCUCGAAUCAGAGAAGAUGAUUAAGGCUAUCUUAAUUUUCAACAAUCAUGGGAAACCACGCCUCAUACGAUUUUAUCAGUACUUCGCCGAGGACAUGCAACAACAAAUAAUCAGAGAGACAUUUCAUUUGGUGUCCAAAAGGGAUGACAACGUCUGCAAUUUCCUAGAGGGUGGAAGCCUUAUCGGAGGUUCAGACUACAAGCUGAUCUACAGACAUUAUGCCACCCUUUACUUUGUGUUCUGCGUGGACUCUUCUGAAAGUGAGCUGGGGAUUUUAGAUUUAAUUCAGGUGUUUGUGGAAACCUUGGAUAAAUGCUUUGAGAAUGUUUGUGAACUGGAUCUCAUCUUUCACAUGGACAAGGUGCAUUACAUCCUGCAAGAGGUGGUGAUGGGAGGCAUGGUGCUGGAGACCAACAUGAAUGAGAUCGUGGCUCAGGUGGAGAUGCAGAAUCGGAUGGAGAAGUCAGAGGGUGGGCUGUCUGCCGCCCCUGCUCGAGCUGUGUCAGCGGUAAAAAACAUGAACCUUCCAGAAAUCCCUCGCAACAUCAACAUCGGUGACAUCAACAUCAAAGUCCCCAGCCUCUCCCCGUUUUGAUCAGAAACUCCUGUUUUCUGAGUGCGUGUGUGUUUUUUUUUUUUUUUAAAUCAUGUUACUCUGAAUGUCAAGACGAAUGACAUUGUAAGCCUGUUUUUUUCCUUUUGGUGUCAAAUGUGAGACCAGAUUCUUGGCUCUCCUUGAUCCAUGUCUGUACUGUACCAAAUGAUGUAUGUAGGGCUUAUAAAGUCCCACUUAUGGUCUUUUUUUCCCAGUAACUCAUGCCAAGGCCCGCGCGGUCACUUAUUUAUUUAUUGUUUUGUAUAGAAAGUCCCAGAGCAUUUCAGACAUUCCAAGGGUUUUCGGGAAGGAUAAAAUGAAGGGAUCGAGAAGGAACUGUGGUACUAAUGAAGCCAUGACGUGUUUGAGGACCAGGAACAUCUCCAGGGUCAAUACUGUUAUGAGAAUGUGGCACAUCCUUUCAUUAAACCAAUUCUCAAAUAUCA